CACAGUUCGUGAAAUUCACUUGAAGGACGACACCUCAUAAUAAAUACAUGUCAACAAUCAACAAAUUCGAGACAAACCCAUCUUACUUAGCUGGAAAAAGAGAUCAAGAAACAAAAUUUUUACUUCAUUAAGGCUUUUAAUUGGACUUCAUUGUUGCCAUUUAUGGAAUUGUCCGAUUUCUAAGUAGUAGUCGAUUCGAUCGACGGAUGGGAUUCCGUGCGUCGCUUUUGGUGUUUACGGCGUUUCUCCCUUUAAUUCUGGGGGAAAUAUACGAAGAGGCAAGGCUUGUUGUUGACACAAGUAAAACAGUUGCCGAAACGGAUGCUAAUUACAUUUGUGCCACCAUUGACUGGUGGCCUCAAGAUAAGUGUAAUUACGAUACAUGCCCCUGGGGUUCUUCAUCUGCCGUUAAUCUGGAUCUAUCGCACCCGUUUCUAGGCAAUGCUAUUCAAGCUUUCAAGAAUCUGAGAGUUCGAGUAGGUGGUUCGUUGCAAGACCAAGUAAUGUACGGUGUGGGAAAUUCAUCGUCACCUUGCCACCCGUUUAAAAAGGAAAAGGGUGGCUUGUUUGGAUUUUCAAAGGGAUGUUUGCAUAUGGAUAGGUGGGAUCAGCUCCAUAGCUUUUUCACGAAAACAGGAGUGAUAUUAACAUUUGGACUGAAUGCUCUUCACGGAAGGCACCAUAUCGAAAGAGGUGUUUGGGGAGGAGAUUGGGAUCGCCAUAAUGCUUACGAUUUCAUCAACUACACUUUAUCAAAGGGAUACCACGUCGACUCCUGGGAAUUUGGUAAUGAAUUAUCGGGCAAGGGAGUUGGUGCUAGCGUUGGUCCCGAACAAUAUGGAAAAGAUACAAUACGUCUGAAUACAAUGAUUGAUGAAUUGUACUCAAAAUCGAAUAAUAUGAAGCAGCCAAUUAGACCCAGUCUCGUGGCGCCUGGAGGGUUUUACGACAAGGUUUGGUUUGAUAAGCUGCUUCAAUCGUCGGGCCCACGUGUACUCAAUGUUAUGUCGCAUCACAUGUACAGUCUCGGUCCAGGAAAUGACGGCAAUAUAAUAAAGAAAAUAUUGAAUCCGGAUCACUUGAAUAAGGCAUCGUUCGUAUUCGGCAAUCUUUCUUCAACCAUUCAAGAAAACGGGCCUUGGGCUUCUGCGUGGGUCGGUGAAUCUGGAGGAGCCUACAACAGUGGGGCUAGGGACAUAUCGAACACAUUCGUUAACACCUUUUGGUAUCUUGAUCAACUUGGAAUGGCAGCUAAGUACAAUACCAAAGUAUAUUGCAGGCAGUCGUUGAUUGGUGGAUUCUAUGGCCUCCUAAACAAGACUACAUACAUUCCCAACCCUGAUUAUUACAGUGCACUUCUCUGGAAUCGACUUAUGGGAAAAGGAGUACUCGAUGUUAACAUCACAGCAUCACAAUAUUUGCGCUCGUACGCACAUUGUGCAAAACAGAGAGUUGGCGUAACCGUAGUUGUGAUAAAUUUAAGCAAUCAAACAAUGUACAAUGUUGACGUUCAAUCCAGUAACUAUGCCAAAUUACCCUCGAAAAAUCAAACGGGCACCAAUAAUAAGAGAUCUUUCAUUCAUGGACUUAAGGAAUCAGUGUCGUGGAUCGGAAACAAAGCUUCGGAUGAGAAAGUAUACAGAGAAGAGUAUCACUUAACUCCCGAGGGCGGCAAUCUUCAAAGCAAAAUCAUGUUCUUGAAUGGAAAGCCGUUGCAGCUAACUGAAUUGGGAGAUAUUCCAAGUUUGCUUCCAGCCGUUAACGAGGUUAACUCUCCGUUAAGUGUUUCUCCUUAUUCCGUCAAAUUUGUAGUAUAUCCCAACUUCAUUAAUCAGGGCUGUAUAUAAACUUUGUAUAGUCAUAAGCUAAGCUGUAAAAAUACAUAGAAUGCUGAUUUUAUUUAUUUAUUUAUUUGUUCUACAGUAUGUGUUUUUGUGUAUCAUAAGAAAUCGAUUUUCAGGAAACGAGAAUAAUGCGAAUACCACAUCAUGGAUGAUAUGU